CAGACUGUCUAUCUCCUCAUCUGUUCCGGAGUUGGACACUAGCCUCUGCUUUCUUUUUCUUUCUUUCCAAAGCUCGCCGGAAGACCACCAUUUUCCGGGACCACCCUCCGGCGAGCAUGUCAACAGUACUCCGGUCAUCUUCACUGCCUUCAAUUCCUUCACUUUCACUCUCACCCCCAACCACAAAGCGAAAGCUUUGCAGAGUUCCGGACUUUCAUUCCCUCUCUUUCAAUAUAAAACCAUUUCCUUCUUCUUCUUCUUCUUCGUUCUCUUGCUUUUCGACCUCCAACAAGAGCUUCAACAAUGGGGUUUUUUCUAUAUCCGCUUGUUCUACUUCUUCGUUUAUAGGAAGAGUUGGGUCGCAGAGAAGAGAAGGCAACGUGUCGUUGCUUUCUUUUAGCAUAAACCCACCAGCGGCGAUAUCGGAAGGUUCAGAAAAGAGUAACGAUUCGUCUCAGAUUUUGUCCGCAAUGCUUCCCUUCGUGGUUGCUUUAACCGCCAUUGCUGCUCUUGCUCAGCCUUCGACUUUUACAUGGGUAUCUAAGGAACUAUAUGCCCCUGCUCUUGGUGGGAUCAUGCUGUCGAUUGGCAUCAAACUCUCCUUUGAUGAUUUUGCACUUGCAUUCAAACAACCUUUACCAUUAUCUGUUGGGUUUAUAGCUCAGUAUGUGCUGAAACCGGCUCUUGGGGUUCUAAUUGCUAGAGCAUUCGGAAUGUCUCGGAUGUUCUAUGCAGGCUUUAUCCUUACUGCUUGUGUUUCAGGGGCUCAGCUAUCUAGCUAUGGAAGUUUUUUGAGCAAAGGUGAUGUGGCUCUGAGCAUUCUACUCACCAGCACUACCACUAUAGCAUCAGUUCUUGUUACACCUCUACUGACUGGCCUUCUGAUUGGGUCUGUUGUUCCUGUUGAUGCCGUUGCAAUGUCAAAGUCAAUAUUGCAAGUUGUUCUUGUCCCUAUAUCUCUUGGUCUUGUUCUCAAUACUUAUGCAAAGCCUGUCGUGAAUGUCGUUCAACCAGUGAUGCCGUUUGUUGCUAUGAUUUGUACUUCAUUGUGCAUUGGCAGCCCUCUUGCAAUAAAUCGCACCCGAAUUCUGUCUACAGAGGGGUUCCGAUUGAUUUUUCCAGUGUUGGCAUUUCAUGUGGUGGCCUUUACACUGGGAUAUUGGGUCUCCAAAAUUCCUGGUUUAAGGCAAGAGGAGGAAGUCAGCAGAACACUCUCAGUGUGCACAGGGAUGCAAAGCUCUACUCUGGCAGGGCUCCUUGCAACCCAGUUCCUCGGGAGCAGUCAGGCAGUUCCUGCAGCGUGUUCGGUAGUGGUCAUGGCAAUCAUGGGCCUUUGUCUGGGAUCUUUCUGGGGCAGUGGUGCUCGAAUCAGAGACUUACCUUCCCUAUUAUUUCGUCGCCAAACAGGUUCCACCAUAGGGGCUUCAUAAAGGUGCAUUCCAUGGGAAAGUAGAUCAGAACUGGUUUGAUAUAAAACUAAUGGUGAGAGACAAUGAGAUAGGGACAUUCGGAGAAUGUAUAUCAUAGAAGAUCCGCUGAUGCUCUGAGUUUGAACCGCCUGAACUGAGUUAAAUAGGAAUGUAAAUUAGAGGAUCAAAAAAAAAAAAAAAAAAAAAAAAAACAACCAAA